GCCAGACAGGCGGCGCUUCAUGAACGACAAAGAAAAGGAGAAGCAGAACAAGGCGGAAGCGGCGCAAAGAGUCCGCCAAGCGCGCAUCGCGGAUGCGCAAAAGGUCGCCAAGGCCAAGGCUGGCAACUCGGGCGGCGUCAUUCGGUUCAAAACGACGUUUCGGAACACGAUCUUUGAUGCAAUGUUGCGUCGGGGAUGGAAGGAAAGCGACACGGACUGGGACUUUUACUGGGCCGACCGCGAGUUCAUCUACGACGUGCUUGACAGCGUCCAUUUAGACGUAUCUCAAAAGGUGAACCACUUCCGCAACGGCCGAGAACUGUGCCGCAAGGACCUGCUCAUCAAGAACCUCAAGCGGGCUCGACGGGCGCAGAAAAAGAACGAAGAGUUUCCGUACGACUUCUUCCCCAUCACGUACAUCUUGCCAGGGGAGUACUCCAUGUUUGUCGAGGAAUUCAAGCGCAACCAAGGCAUCUGGAUCAUGAAGCCGAUUGGCAAGGCCCAAGGCAAAGGCAUCUUCCUCUUCACGAAACUGAGUCAGAUCAGCGACUGGCGCACCGACUACCGGUACAAACAGCCCGAGAACCAGCAAGUCGAGACAUAUGUCGUUCAAAAGUACAUUUCCAACCCGUACCUCGUGGGCGGCAAAAAGUUUGACCUGCGCUUGUAUGCCCUCGUCACAUCGUUCGCGCCCCUCGAGAUGUACUUGUACCGGAGCGGGUUUGCCCGCUUUACCAACUCGCGGUACUCGAACAACGCCAGCGACAUCGAAAACUCGUUUAUCCACCUCACCAACGUCGCGAUUCAAAAGACGUCUGACAAGUACGACAAAAAGCACGGCGGCAAGUGGGACCUCAAGAGCCUCAAGCUGUACAUGAUGUCCCACCACGGAGUCGCCCGCGUCGACCGCCUCUUUUACCAGAUUCAAAUGGUCAUCAUCCGGUCCCUUCAAAGUGUCGAGAAAAUUCUCAUCAGCGACAAACACUGCUUUGAAUUGUACGGGUACGACAUUAUGAUUGACGAAAACCUCAAGCCGUGGCUGCUCGAAGUGAACGCGUCGCCGUCGUUGUCGGCCAACACCCCCCAAGACUACCAGCUCAAGUGUGGGAUGCUCAACGACAUGCUCGACAUCAUCGACUUGGAAACCAAACUCAAAACGAAGGAAGAUCGCGUGGGGGGCUUUGACUUGGUGUACCGCGACGGUCUCGUGGAAAAGGACGAGCGAUGCACGUACACGUCUCUUCUGGGCGCGGAUUUUAAACGCAACAAGCUGCGCAAAUUGCCCGUCGGUACAGCGUCGUCGACGUCGUAAUAUAUAUAUAUAUAUAAUAUAUA